AUGGCCAAGCGGACACUUCUCACUCAAACCUUCAACUAUGACAAACGUUUAAAAGACAUUAUUGCGGCAUCGGAGAAUGCAAGAGACAAAAUUCAAAACCGAGUUGAAGAGAUCAAUGCAGAAGAAGGAGAGGUUGCUGAUCCAUCCAAUAUAGCCUUUCAGCCCUUUAAUGAACCUGUCCCCGCAUCCCAGCCUGUCAGGGACAGCAAUUGGUCGCCGAAUGACGAGCCGUUUGAGAAAAAAUACCAAAAACUCAAUGACGACCAAAAGAGAGUGUUUGAUUAUGUCAAACGAGUUGUUGCAAACUCUGAUGGGACAGAUAAAUUUCUGAGACAUUUUGUAAGUGGUGUGGGAGGUACUGGUAAGAGUUUUCUCAUAAAAACUAUCAGCUCUUGGACUAAAAAAUGUCUUCAAGCCUCUACAUCAAUAUCAGCUCCCACAGGACUAAGUGCUUACAACAUCAAUGGUUCUACGAUCUACAAAGUGUUUCAGCUGCCAGUUGAGCAUGGAAAAACUCCAAAGUACAAAGCUCUUACUGAUGAUGUUUUAAAAAUGUUGAGAUCCAACCUGAAAGAUGUGGUGCUCUUCAUAAUAGACGAAGUGUCCAUGGUCUCCAAUCUAACAUUGAUGUACAUAAAUCUCAGAUUGUGUGAAAUAUUCAACACCUCAGACCAAAGUAACGGCUGGUUUGGUAAAAAACAUAUACUGCUCUUUGGAGACCUUUUACAACUUCCACCAGUACACGAAGACUCCCCAUUCAUUGAACUUGACAGUAGCAAACUUAGUUCUUUUGUUGGCUCUCUGUCUUGUGUUAACAUCUGGUCUGAACAGUUCUCUUAUGAUGAACUUACUACAAACAUGCGACAAGCUCAAGAUUCUAAGUUUGCUGAUGUGUUAAGCAAAGUCAGAGUAGGCAAUAUGACCGUUGAGGACAUCCGUCUAAUUGAAAGCAAGAAAAUACAUCUUAAUGGAAAAACUGCUUGUGAAAACCUUUCUCUAUUAGGAGAUUACUUGUCUGCUUUACCCAACAAUUCUGUGUGUCUUUGUUCAACUGGUUACCAAUGCUCCAUAAUAAAUGAUGAAAUGGUCAAUAGAAUAAGUGGUCCUGUCGUUAACUUGGUUGCAAAAGACUCAGUUGACUGUCUACCUCGACAACAAAACAAAGUUAAAAAGAUACUGUCCUCUUACAACUCUGACUGCAGCAGAACGGCUGGUAUGGAGAAAAUUAUUCCUAUUAAGGUUGGUGCUAAAGUUAUGUUGCUUAGAAACAUUGACGUCACUGUGGGGCUAGUUAACUCCGCCAUUGGAACAGUAACGGGGUUGAGGUUUAAUACAGACAAUUCUGAUGACGUAGACUCAGUGACAAUUAACUUUGAUUGUGGCAUUACCCAUCGCCUACAGCGAGUAAACGUCAAGUUUCAAGUUAUGGAUAACGCAUUUGUGUAUCGAGAGCAAUUCCCGAUAUCGAUGUCCUACGCGGUUACAAUUCACAAAUGCCAGGGCCUCAGCUUAAAUAGCGUAAUAAUUGAUAUUGGGGAGUCCAUAUUUACAUGUGGCCAAUCAUAUGUUGCCUUGUCACGAGUGACUUUAUUAGAAGGGCUUCAUCUUAUUAACUUUAACCCAAGAGAUGUGAAGCCUCAGAAAUCCGCCAUUCUCGAAUACAACAGACUAAGGCAGAAGUACAGGUCUGACCUUCCACUUUACAACACAAGUUGUGACUCCUCUUCGGCUCCUUAUGUGAGAGACAGGAAGUGGUGCCAGACCAAAAAUGUCGAAAAAGUGCAGGAUGAGAGUACAAAACCGGUACCCUCUGCAAAGACUACCGGAAGAUAG